AGUAUUUUGAAUAUAUACAUACAACCGGUUCCUCCUCAUUACAAUCAUCAAAAUACUCAUAAACUGAUUUCACUUCAUUUCUUCAAUAUACUUGUCGUCGCUCAGCUCCUUCCUUUCCCAAGACGACAUGCGUAACUACAUAUAAACCUAGCCAUAACGCAAAGAAACCAUUUGGAACCGGAAGUUGCGCCCCGGAUCCCUUUUCCUUUACAACUGUUCAUCUGUCCCAAUUUUUGGUCCAUUGGAGUAGGAGCCCAUUGAUAUCCAGGUCGUUUCCUUUUUCCUUCUUCACUUUCUGCCAUGUUGGAUUAUAAUAGGGAGUUACCACCAUGUUUCCCACCAACCAAAGUUGCUUUUCAAGGCAACCCUCAUCACCAAUAUCCACCAUCUCAGGUCAACCCUUAUAUUACACCAUUCUCAUCUCACCAUACAUAUCCAACCCCACCUCCAUCACCACUAUCAUUUGCGAUGCCCCAGGAUCAUAGGAUAGGUACAAUACUUGGAGAAACUCUAUUAUUGUCACGCGUGUUAGGCUCAGGAGCCUACGGAACUGUAUAUUAUGCUCAGGAUUUGUCCACUGGAAAAGAGUAUGCCGUUAAGGCGCUCAACAAAAGAAAUGCCUAUGGGCAGCCCUUGGACGCAAGACAACGACUUUAUCAAUCAAGAGAGAUAGCCCUGCACUGGAGUGCCUCCGCCCAUCCUAACAUAGUCUCGAUGUAUAAGAUCCUCGAUGACCCGGACUGCACCUAUGUUAUCCUGGACUACUAUCAAGAAGGAGAUCUUUUUUCAAAUAUUACCGAAGGGGGUAGAUAUGUAGGUCAUGAUGCUCUAAUCCGGAGCAUCUUCCUCCAAAUCUUGGAUGCCACGGAACAUUGCCACCGCCUUGGAAUAUACCAUAGGGAUCUCAAGCCUGAGAACAUUCUGGUCGCCAAUUCCGGUCAUACCGUUUGCCUAGCAGACUUUGGAUUGGCCACCCAGGAGCCAACAUCUCGCGAUCACGCAUGCGGAUCUACAUUCUAUAUGUCUCCAGAGUGUCUAGAGCAAUCAUAUAAGCCAUACAGAUGUGCCCCAAACGAUGUCUGGUCUCUUGGAGUGAUCUUAGUCAACCUCACCUUUGGAAGAAAUCCUUGGAGACAAGCCUCAUGGGAUGAUGCCACGUACAAUGCUUUUCUCAAAAACCCAGACUUUCUGAAAACUAUCUUGAACCCAUCGGACGAGCUUAAUCUCAUUUUACAAAUGAUUUUUCAACAGGACCCGGAAUCCCGUAUCACAGUUCCAGAACUGAGAUUAAGAAUACAGAAAUUGCCAGGUUUCUACGCUUCCUCUUCCCAAGGAUCUGGCCGUACACCAACACCAAUCGUCGGCAAUUUAACCAAUGACUCUGGGUACUCCACCUCAUCUCCAUGUGUCGAAAGUCCAUUUCGCUCUUCAUCUUCGUCUCGCGACUCUGCUAUUUAUUCCGACGAUGGGUGUACCAGCACUCUCAAUGGAAUCACUAAUUCGAAUCGGUCACUACGCAGUACCGACAACUCCUUUCUAGAUUCUAACAGUCGUGAUCGCGAGAAUCGCGAUGUUCUUGCCCACGGGCAUGUUUAUUUUGAUGGACUACCGACACCUUCAGGUUCUCAAGGGUCUUCUCAAUCAUCUUCAGCUUAUUCAAAAGUCGGAGCACCUUUUCCACGGAAGUUUUGAACGGACUGGCCGUUCAAUGCACAAAAUUCAUUGGGAAUUCUCGUUUUUAAAAAGUCUCACUUAUUAUUUUAUUUUGACCUUAAUUUCGGAAUUCAUUGUAUAGUUUUUUUUUCGACCGGGCUGCUUAAAGAGGACAGGACCCGGUCAUUGCAUGAUUAAAACGAAGAAAUGUUGGAAUUUUGACCUCGGGGCUUUGGUGCAGGAAUCAACCAGGCGUUCAAGGCAGGCAGGGCAAGCAUAGCGGCGGCAGCGUGCCGAUCUACUGGGAGUUGGGGUGUUUUUUUUAUCAUGACAAACUUUUUGGAGUUACCGGAUUUUCUUUUGACCUACAUGGUACUUUCGCUUUAUACCCUUUGGGCGGAACAUUCCAAUGCAUAGGGACGGUAGAAGGAUGGAAUUUCCAUGUUUGUCUGGCUAGACAAGCUUCCAUGGCAAUAAAAUACGUUAAAGACCACUUGUAAUAAGCGGUCAAGUUUUAGGAAUAAGACGGUGUUGGGAAAUAGGAAUAGGUAUAAUGUACAUGUACAUCGACACAGCAUCCAAUGCAUCGGGCGGAGUCAUCGCUAUACCAAUAGUUAGAAUAGUACAGCAAUCUUUGACAAACAAGAUUUGUUGCUUGUAUGUGUGAUUCUAACAUUGCAUCUUGCACCUGUGCUCACUCGAAAUAAAACCGGACAUUCGAUAUGCUCGGCAUUACUAUCAGAAGUGGAAAAUGCAACACUUUCAAAAUGCUUGUCUUGAGAGCCAGAUUUACCCGUCCCGUCUAGAAAUUCACGAACCACAAUGGAAAUGACUAUCACAGACGAAAGAGACGGGAGAACAUGCAUGAGCCUAGAUUAAGUGUCUGGGCAUGGACAUGCGGUGACUGGGAUCACGAUAGUGUGUGGUGAUUCAUUCCAAGCCACCGUUCGCCUUGAUUUCUUCGAGGUGCACGCUUCUGCGCCCGGGAGGGUCAGAUGAUGCUUUGGUGGCUGACCAAUAAGAUAAGAGUAUUGUGUUUAAGGCGAGGACUAUCACGUAAGUUUUACUUGGCCACUCACUGGCGUUUGCUGAUCUGUCGACUAUCUCUAAAAUGCACGUGCUGUCAAUGCCCCCUUUCUCAGUGAAGCGAAGCCACUAGAUUCCCCGCAUCCGUCUGUGCUCUGCUACGAGUACUUAUAGUCCUAGAUACCUACCUAUUGAAAGAUGCAUUGUUCAGCUAAGUGGUGCUUAGAUGUUAUUGUAGCAUAUAUGACGCUUGUUAAAACUCCUUAUCCGACCGUCUUGCAUUAACAUCAUCGGACCGGAGCUUUUGAUGCAUCGAGAUCUUUUAUCCCUGAAGUGUGGAAGGAAAGUUAAAACAGGUACAUGAGGAUGGGGAUAAGACUAUCGCGAUACAUUUAGAGUUAGGGAAUAAGGGGCAAGAUAAGAUGAUUUUCAUCUAGAUAUUCGCAGCAUGGACGGAUGAUGACGCGAGACUAGCACUCGUGCACUAACUGACCAUCAGCUGUGUAGCCGCACUACGACUAACCAAAUGUAUAUAGAUAUGAAUGAUUACUGUUUUAUCGGACUCAAAACUCGAGCGAAAU